AUGGAAGAAAAAUCAACCAUGAAAGAGAUGAGGAAAGGCCAGCCGGAAGCAAACAUGACGGAUCGUCUUCCUCGAGAAAUCAUCGUCAACAUACUAUCCUUGCUUCCCUUAACAUCUUUGCUGAAUUCAAAGCUGGUUUGUCGAGCCUGGCGAACCCUAAUACAAGAUCCGUUUCUUAUUAGAAAGCACUUGGAUGAGGCUGCCGGCAAUGAUCCGAGCUUCGUAUUGGAAAGCAUUAGGACUAUCCCCGACCAACGCUACUUCAUAGAUUUCUUCGAUCAUAGUGAAGGAAAAAUGAUCUCAAAGAAGCUCCCCGGUUUUCCUACGACCAUGCAUUUGGUAGAUUCCUGUGAUGGGUUGCUUUGCUUGCAUGAUACAUCGCGAACCGUGUUCAUUUGCAACCCUUUCACUAGGGUGUACGUCAAGCUCCGCAAACCGGUCAAGUGUCCCACAGUGGUGGGGCAUUUGUGGUUCCAUUGGCUUUCGAGGCCGAACAAGUAUACCAAAGCUAGCUUGCUUAUAUCGUUUGAUCUUGAAACCGAGCAGUUCCAGGAGGUGACGAAAGCUGAUUGUUGUUGCGCCUCUGACAUGUGUUUUCGUCAACUGACGGUCGUACGAGGUUGUCCGUCGGCCGGUGCGUUUCAUGGUGACGAUGAACGAUCGGAAAUUUGGGUUAUAAAGGAAUAUGGUGUGAAAGAGUCUUGGAUCAAAGAGUUUACCAUCGGAACUUACUUGCCCCCGACGUUAAUCGCCCAACGAGAGAUUCGGCAAUUGAGAUAUUCGAACCCUAAUUUACUAGUUCAAGUUCUAUGCGUGUUGAAAAGUGGUGAGAUCUUGUUGGAGUUCUUAAGCAGCGCUCUUGUUCUUUAUGAUCCUCAGUAUGAAACGUUCAAGGAGUUAGGUUUCUGGAAAUGCGUAAUUGCUUCAAAAUAG